UCCGGUUAUGUAACGACGAACAAUGAUUACACUUCUAUCACAAAUAGGAGCACUACGUUCAAAUUCUCCGCGGGGAAGUGUGUUUUUAUUUCAGUUUUUUGAAGUGCUUGGAAGUGAUGAUUCUAUCAUACAAAUUAUUUUUAAUAACGUUUUGCAUCACGUUUUUCGGAAGCCUUGCAUUCCUCGAUGAUGACGAUGACACUGCCACAGCGCCACCGAUGCCGAUGUUCAACAUUACUCACAAAGUUUUUAUGGACUUCAAGCAAGGGGACAAAGAUUUAGGGCGCAUCAUAUUCGGACUGUUCGGCGAGAUAGCCCCGAAAACGGUGGAGAACUUCAGAACGAUUGCAACGGUCGGUAUUAAGGGCAAAACAUACGCUGGUACAAAUAUUCAUCGGGUCAUACACAACUUCUUGAUACAAGGUGGAGACAUCAUUAAUAAUGACGGUUCUGGUGAGACGAGCAUUUACGGCAGAACGUUCGAGGAUGAGACUCAUGAGGUCAAAUUUUGGGCCCCGGGAUUUUUGGCAAUGGCAAAUCAUGGUCCGAAUACUAACGGAUGCCAAUUUUUCGUGACGUGCACUGCUACCUCGUGGCUUGAUGGUGAUUAUGUUGGUUUUGGAAAGGUUAUUUAUGGACUAAAGACUGUGCAUUUAAUCGAAAAAACCGAGGCAAAUGACAGAGGGCAACCGAAAGUACCGAUAAAAAUUGUAAAAUGCGGAGAACUUCCCUUUGACACGCCGGUUUCGGUGAUUAAUCCAGGAGAGAACCCUUACACGCAAAAUAACAGUACAAUUUCACGAAUAACUUGAAUCUGAGUAACUUCGAAAAGAUAAUGUUUUUGUCGUAUUUUCCGAGACUACAUCGAGACAAACGAGUCUUGAAGUCCGACUCUCCUUCACUUUCGUGCCUCUGCAUCCGUUGGUUCUGUCCAGCUCUCCAUUGAAGUUAAAAUAUGUACUUCGCCAUGAAUUAAAAUUCAGACUUGAAAUAAAAAGGCGUAGGUAAGUGAAAUUUAAGCUUGCUGUACGAGCUUAGACACAUUCAUCUGUAGUCCAGCCGGGAAAUAUCAUAAUGUGAAUGAACUCUCCGAAUCUUCCAGCAACUAGUUCUACAGCAUAUUCUACAGGUAAUGUGACAACACCCAUUGCAGCUAUGAGAACUACGCUACAAAAAUCUAUAUAAAUCAAUAUUUUUUUUUCAUCAUAACACUUGUAGAAAUUAUCGAAAAUCACAUACCUUGAUUCGAAAAUCACAUAUCUUGAUUCGAAAAUCACAUACUUUGAUGUCGAUGUUUCCAAAUUUUUGCUGAGAUUUAUUUAUUUAUUUAUUUCAAAUAGAAACGAGUCCAUUUGAUUGAUUUACAUUUUCACAAAUUAUUUACCAAAGGCAACGAAAAUAUUUGAAAAAUCUCGUGCGAAUUAUUUGAAUUAUAUUUCCAGUUGAAAAAUAUGACGGGAAAGUCCGCAAACUUCUCGAACCAAGACACUGGGUUAUCUGCGGUCUCUAAUAAUUUAUAAAAUGACAUGCAGCGCACCUCUGGACAAGCUUCCACUGUUCCUUGUUAUUUUUUACGAUAUUUAUACUUGUUGUACGUAAAUUUUAAUAAAUAAUCAUUUUUGGUUGAA